GCGGAGAGGGGGCGGGGGCAGCGGCAGAGGCGGCCGUAGCGGCCGCGACCUGGGCGGUUCGAGGAGUGACGGGCCUCGGGGCCUCUUUGGAUGGUGUCUAAAAUGAUCAUUGAAAACUUCGAGGCACUCAAGUCCUGGCUCAGCAAGACUCUCGAGCCCAUUUGUGAUGCAGAUCCAUCAGCCCUAGCAAAAUAUGUUCUGGCUUUGGUAAAGAAAGACAAAAGUGAAAAAGAGUUAAAGGCAUUAUGUAUUGAUCAGCUGGAUGUAUUUCUUCAGAAAGAGACACAGAUAUUUGUAGAAAAACUUUUUGAUGCUGUGAAUACAAAGAGUUAUCUACCUCCUCCAGAGCAGCCAUCAUCAGGAAGCUUGAAGGUAGAAUUUUUUCAGCACCAAGAAAAAGAUAUAAAAAAAGAAGAGAUCACAAAGGAAGAAGAGCGAGAGAAGAAAUUUUCUAGAAGGCUAAAUCAUAGUCCUCCUCAGUCAAGCUCCCGGUACAGAGAAAAUAGAAGUCGAGAUGAAAGGAAAAAAGAUGAUCGUUCUCGCAAAAGAGACUAUGAUCGAAACCCUCCUCGCAGAGAUUCGUACAGAGACCGGUAUAAUAGAAGACGAGGGCGAAGUCGAAGUUACAGCAGGAGUCGAAGCCGAAGUUGGAGUAAAGAGAGACUUCGUGACAGGGAUAGAGAUAGAAGCAGGACUAGAAGCAGAAGCAGAACACGAAGCAGGGAAAGGGAUCUGGUAAAACCUAAAUAUGACUUGGAUAGAGCAGAUCCAUUAGAAAACAAUUAUACUCCAGUCUCUUCAGUACCAAAUAUCUCAUCUGGUCACUAUCCUGUACCUACUUUGAGCAGCACCAUUACUGUAAUUGCUCCUACACAUCAUGGUAAUAACACUACUGAAAGUUGGUCUGAAUUUCAUGAAGACCAAGUGGAUCAUAACUCUUAUGUAAGACCACCAAUGCCAAAGAAACGGUGUAGAGACUAUGAUGAAAAGGGCUUUUGUAUGAGAGGUGACAUGUGCCCUUUUGAUCAUGGAAGUGACCCAGUAGUUGUAGAAGAUGUCAAUCUUCCUGGUAUGCUGCCUUUCCCAGCACAGCCUCCUGUUGUUGAAGGACCACCUCCUCCUGGACUCCCCCCACCUCCACCAAUUCUUACACCACCACCUGUGAAUCUUAGACCCCCAGUGCCACCUCCAGGUCCAUUGCCACCCAGUCUCCCACCUGUUACAGAUGAUAUUUCUUAUUCUUUGGUUUUGACAGGACCACCACCUCCCCUUCCUCCUUUGCAGCCAUCUGGCAUGGAUGCUCCCCCGAACUCUGCAACCAGUUCUGUUCCUACUGUAGUAACAACCGGCAUUCAUCACCAGCCUCCUCCUGCUCCACCCUCUCUUUUUACUACAGUUUUUGUAUUACCAGAUGCAUAUGACACAGAUGGCUACAAUCCUGAAGCCCCAAGCAUAACAAACACUUCUAGACCUAUGUAUAGGCACAGAGUGCAUGCACAAAGGCCUAACUUGAUAGGACUAACAUCAGGGGAUAUGGACUUGCCACCCAGAGAAAAGCCUCCUAAUAAAAGCAGUAUGAGAAUAGUAGUGGAUUCAGAAUCGAGGAAAAGAACAAUAGGUUCUGGGGAGCCUGGAGGUCCCGCAAAGAAGACUUGGUUUGAUAAACCAAAUUUUAAUAGGACAAACAGCCCAGGCUUCCAGAAGAAGGUUCAGUUUGGAAAUGAAAAUACUAAACUUGAACUGAGAAAAGUUCCUCCAGAAUUAAAUAAUAUCAGCAAACUUAAUGAACAUUUUAGUAGAUUUGGGACAUUGGUUAAUUUACAGGUUGCCUAUAAUGGUGAUCCUGAAGGUGCCCUUAUCCAAUUUGCAACAUAUGAAGAAGCAAAGAAAGCAAUAUCAAGUACAGAAGCAGUAUUAAAUAAUCGCUUUAUUAAGGUUUAUUGGCACAGAGAAGGGAGCGCCCAGCAGUUACAAACUACUUCCCCAAAGGUAAUGCAGCCUUUAGUCCAGCAGACCAUUUUGCCUGUUGUGAAGCAGUCUGUCAAAGAGCGGUUGGGUCCAGUACCUUCAAGUACUGUUGAACCGGCAGAAGCCCAGAGUGCUAGUUCAGACCUUCCUCAGAAUGUAACUAAGUUAUCUGUGAAGGACAGGUUGGGUUUUGUAUCAAAGCCAUCUGUUUCAGCAACUGAAAAGGUGUUGUCUACAUCUACUGGCCUAACAAAAACGGUGUAUAAUCCAGCUGCUUUGAAGGCUGCGCAAAAAACCUUACUUGUUUCCACCUCUGCAGUUGAUAAUAAUGAAGCACAGAAAAAGAAACAGGAGGCACUGAAACUUCAGCAGGAUGUAAGGAAAAGGAAACAAGAAAUUUUAGAAAAGCACAUUGAAACACAGAAGAUGUUAAUUUCAAAACUAGAGAAAAAUAAAACUAUGAAAUCUGAAGAUAAAGCAGAAAUAAUGAAAACUUUAGAAAUUUUGACGAAAAAUAUUACCAAGUUGAAAGAUGAAGUUAAAGCCACUUCUCCUGGGCGCUGUCUUCCAAAAAGUAUAAAAACCAAGACUCAGAUGCAGAAAGAAUUACUUGACACAGAACUGGAUUUAUAUAAGAAGAUGCAGGCUGGAGAAGAAGUCACUGAACUUAGGAGAAAGUAUACAGAAUUACAACUGGAAGCUGCUAAAAGGGGGAUUCUUUCAUCUGGACGAGGCAGAGGAAUUCAUUCAAGAGGUCGAGGUGCAGCUCAUGGCCGAGGCAGAGCACGAGGGCGAGGGCGAAGUGUACCCGGCCAUGUGGUGGUGGAUCACCGUCCCAGAGCAUUGGAGAUUUCUGCAUUUACAGAGAGUGAUAGAGAAGAUCUUCUUCCUCAUUUUGCGCAAUAUGGUGAAAUUGAAGAUUAUCAGAUUGAUGACUCGUCACUUCAUGCAGUAAUUACAUUCAAGACAAGAGCAGAAGCAGAAGCAGCUGCAGUUCAUGGAGCUCGUUUCAAAGGGCAGGAUCUAAAACUGGCAUGGAAUAAACCAAUAACUAAUAUUUCAGCUGUGGAAACAGAAGAAAUUGAGCCUGAUGAAGAGGAAAUUAUACCUUUGUCCUUCCAUGAGUUUGAAUUGAAUGGGGAGAAAAGCAGGCGAGCUCCUGGUAUUAGUUUCAGGAAGAGUCUUUGGUGGAUGACUCAUUACUUCAAGAUGAUGAUGAAGAAGAAGAGGACAAUGAAUCUCGUUCUUGGAGAAGAUGAUUUGACUGAUCAUUGAUCUGCAUAUGCUAGAACUCUACCUGUGUUUUAUUAGUAUUAUCUAAUGUACUUUUACAUAUUUGUAAAACAAUUUUUGGUAAAAUGUGAUGAAGAUGGAUUUCACAAAUAGACAAAAGAGAAGAAAAAUACCUUCUGAUCCUGUAUUUUGAAAAGAUUGAUGUUUGCAUUUUAUUUCAGUAAACAAUUGCUAAAGACAUCACACUAGAACAUAUGCAAUGUUUUUAUUACAUACUUCUACUGAACAUUACAGAAUUCUUUGGGUUCUUUGUAAUUUAAUGAGUAGGUCUGAAAACUUAUGACCCAACACUUGUUAUAAUUUAGAAGAUUUUGUUUUAGUCCAAAUAAGGAAUGAAUUUGCAUUUAAAAUCUUGAUGAAUGUUUUAAAAAAAUGAAUAGAUAACAUAGUACCUUACUGAAGUCUCCAAGUUAUGUAUUAAUAUUACAUAGUAGUAUGCUUAGGCUUUACUAUGUAUUAGGCUUUUGUUGGACUUGUGUAUGUAUUUUACCACAUGGGUUUUAAUGAUAAUGGUGUAUGACUGCUUUACAUAUGAGCCCUUAUGCAUCUGGAUGUUAAAAAUAAAGUGGAAUGGUCUCUUAAAAAGAAAACAAAAGAAAAAGAAAAAAAAGAAAAAAAAAAAAGAGAAAAAAAUUAAAAUAAAUAAUAAAUAGACCAUUCCAGACGGUGAUGGUACCCUUUCCCCUAAUUAUCACAAAAGGAGCUAUAAUCACUAACUUACUCUUAAUAAUGGUUACUGGUAACUUUAUAAUAAUAAUGUACAGUCCAAUGUUUAAAAUUUAUACCACUUCAGUUUGGUUUGAUCCUAUAAAUUUUCAACAGAUGUCUUAAAAUUUAAAAGCAGGCUGAUUAGUUUGGAACCAGACUUCAAGUAGAGCUAACAUUUGGUGAAUAAGAAAACAUCAUAUUACAUUUUGGAUGUAUGAGAGAAAACUUGACCAUUUGAAGAUGUAUGAAUAAAGAAAUGUACUAUAGAUACUACUUUAGGAAAACACUGUUUGGUAAGUGUUUCAGUCUGAUACUUUUAAGUGUGCAUUUCCUAUACUUGUGUAAAAAUCUUUGACAUUUGCAACAAUAUUGUGAUUUUUAAGUGGAUUUCUCUGGCAAGUGAACAUGAUCAGUGAAAAUUGGCAUAGCAGUUUUCAGAAAAUAAAUAUAUUCUUUGUAGAAUGAGGGGGAAUUUUAUAUUUAUCCUUUAAAAUCCUUCAUUUUGGUUGCAAGUGUUUCUGCCUUUUGUGAUUAUAGUGAUACUGUUUUUUUAAAAAACAUUAAAAUAUCACUUUCUUUCAUAUUGGGGUCCUAAAAACAAAAUCUUUAUCCUACCACCACCACCAUAGUCUUCUGGCAGUGGAGUAACUUGUGCAUAUUAUUGUAUUUUUCCCCUACAGUUGGAGUUAGAGUUGUAUGUUCGUGAAAGUAGUACUAUUUCGUAGGAGUAUUUUGACUUAUAGUUGGUACACAUUUAUAUUUAAAAUCUCAAAGUCAGAUUUUAGUUGUCAGAAUACUAACUUUAGUCAAAAACGUAGAUUUAUAUAUUUUUAUGUAGUCUCUUGUAUAUUGACUAUGUGCUAUUCUGAUUCAUUAGGUAAGUUUGUUUUCUUUUCUUUUUAGUAGUCGUGAAAGGUGCCAAAUUGGCAGAGGCUCACGUUUCUUCUCUUUACACCAAACAGAGAGAGAUCAUCAUUGCCUGAAUUAGCUCUGUGACUACAAGAGCAAGACCUGUUCCUGUCUGGAGACGACUGUUAAUGAUAUUAUCAUCUUAUCAUUUUGUUUGCUCUUUAUCAAUUUGAGUAGAUGUUUACAUGUACUAUAAUUAGCAUUUUAUAUUUACAUUUCUUUAAGCAUACACCCCACUCCACAUGUGUAUCUAAAUGUAUGCUCUGUGUGACCUACCAUAAAUGUUUUUUUCCCCUUUAUAGCCAUUUGUUUUUUAAAACACCUUAAAGUAGAGAUGAUGCUUCUUUUUUCCUAAUAUGAGAUACAUACAGUCUCAGCCAAAUUGAUAAUUAUGUCUGGAAAAUCUAUAAAGCCAUGAUAAUGUGUUUACUAAUAUGAACAACUUACAAUGAAGAAAAUUAAUUAAAAAAUUAAACAUAAGUUUUGGUUUUAAUUUUUUGUGGUUUUAGGAUAUAUUUCUAUGGUCAGAAUAGCCACUUAAAAUAAUUUUGAACAGAUGAUAAAAAUUUUUACACACUAUUACAGCUUGCCUUUUUUUAUGAACAUACUUAUUUGAAGUCAUUGCCAAGGCCACUUACACAAUUUUUUUAGUCCUUAGCUUUUCAAAACCAAUAAGGAGAAUGAUUUUCUUUCCUUUAAAAUAAAAUUAUGGUAUAUUGAUUAUAAAUACUGAAAAAUAAAUUUCUAAUUUACACAGUUUUUCAUGUAAUCAAGACAUCAAAGACCAUCUUAAAAGCAAGGGGAAAUAGUGUGUGUCUGACAUCGUUAAGGGUUAGUUUUCAAUGCUUAAAAAGUAUAUUCAUAAAUUAUAAGUAGUUCAGCUUAGAAUUCUAAAAAGUACAACUAAGUCUCAUUCUGAAUAUUCACUCACAAUAUCUUUUUUAUAAAGGAGAUCAAAAAUGUUUUCACAGAAUUAAAGUAUUCAUAGAUUCUUAGGAGGCAUUUGAGAAGUUGGAGGACUCUUUAUUAGAAAGGUGUAAAUUACACUGCUUCUAUUUAGCUUAUGGUUUUAAAAAAAAUUGUAGUUCUAUCCAAUCAAACUUUUUUUUUGGGUGCAAAUGUUUUUUUCCCCUAAGAGUAUGCAUUGUGAUUGUCCUUACUGAACAAUAAAACAAUGUAAUGAAUACAUCAUUCAUUAUGUAGAUUAUCUACUUUGAUCCACAUUGAUUAUACAUGGCAUUUUACAGGAAAAUUACAUAUUUGGAAGGUCUAAUAUUACCUAGUUGUGUACAAGACUUUUUUUAUUUUUUAAUUAAAUUUUUCUUUUGGUUCACAUAAGCCAAGUAGCAGAUAGCCACAGGGAGUUCAUAUUUUCCCAGACUAGUUUGGUAGUUUUUAUUUUCAAGAAAAGAUUCUCUGUUCCUACAGUGGUGGUUUAUAUACUAUAUUAGAAUCAAAAAAUACUGUAUGAAGAGACCAUACUUGUGGUAAACCAUUUUGAUUGGUUAAUGGAUGUGGACCACAUGUGAUCACCUUCAACUUUAUUUUGUCAUCCUCUUUUUAUACUUCGCUUUUAAAUUUAAAAAACAAAGCAAAUCAAAAUUGAAUGCCAUUGGGAAUCAAGUCAAAAUGAUUUCAUUCUUACUAAGAUCAUUGUGUUUUUGAAAAUUACUGUGAGAUCCAGUUAAUUUAUUUAAAUUCUCAUAUGUUGGUGAGUUAAAGAUAAAAGUUCUCAUUUUCUUUAACAAUAUUCUCAUGGAGCUAUGUGUACAUAGAUAACUGUACAGAAUCACUUGUGUAAUUAAAUGAAGUGGUUUACCUCUGCAUGAUUGGAUUAUGGAAGCCUUUUAUAUCUUUAUAUUUUUCAAUAUACUUAAAUUUUACACUGUUAGCUGCUAUAGUCAUGCUAUAUUUGUUUUUUAAUAGAGUUUAUAAAUAUGCUCAAAAUACAGAUCAGCGGAAUAUUUUUGGUCUUGUUUACAAAAUAAUACUUUAAAGUGAAACACACCCCUCAAGUGUCUUAGGAAAAAAGUCAUUGGUGCUACAAAACCUUUUGUUAUCAUUUUUGAACCCGUUGUCUAGACUUUGCUAGGCUUUAAUCUGUGAUUGCUUGUGAUUUAUUCUGAUUUAGCAGUGUAAUAAAGUGGUCUGUAUUGAGUCAGGUGAAAAGCCCAGCUUAUUAGAAACGCCUCUUAAUUUAAGUAAAUGAUGCAAAAUGACUGUACAUUUAUUUGCUGAACUUCCCAGAAAAAGAGAAUAGCUUAUUUUAAUAAGAGGAAGGUUCUUAAUUUGACAGGAAUGAAAAAAAAAGUGAUAUUCAGCAUGGCUGUUUUCUUAUAUUUCAAAUGGAAAAUUUUCUAGUCUUAAAAUAUUAUGUAAUGUUACUCUCCCUUAAAUCUCAACAGGAGGCAGAGUAAUUAUUUACAGAACAUUCGAUGACUUACAAAGAUAUGUAUUACUACAGUGUAGAAGUUUUUCAUUGAUGUGUAGUUUUUAUUUUGUCUCUAAGAAUUCUAUUCCAGCACCUUAGUGAAUACAAUUGUAACGUAUCAGCAAAGCAUUCGUAGAUACUGCUUUUGAUUCUCACAAUCCUGAACCUGUUUUGAGUGUGACAUAAAACAUACUGUCUGGCAAAAUUUCCUUUGAUUGUUUUAAUUCAUUUUCUGUGGACUGUUGAAUCUGAAAACACCAAAGGAAUCUUUUCUUGUCUGGAGACUGGAUUAUUCCAGUGUUUAAUACCUGUGCCCAUAAGUAUCCCAUUUCAUGAAUGUGUGUUGGCAUGGGGAAAAAAUUCCCUGCUUUUUGCGUGGAGCGAAAGUAAUUGGUUAAGCUGUAGCAGCUUUUUGUUUAUUUUUAAAAGUGAUAAUAAAACUUGAAGUAAAAAAGGCAAAACUUGAA